AUGAACAGAUUCAUAAGAAACAAUUCCACUACUACAAAGUUAAUCAAGACACCAUUAUAUGAUAGUCAUUUGAAAUAUGAAGCUAAAUUUGUUCCAUAUGCUGGAUAUGAAAUGCCUAUCAUGUAUAAAGGAUUAUCACAUAUAGAAUCACAUAAAUGGGUCAGAUCAAAAGUUGGGUUAUUUGAUGUCAGUCAUAUGUUACAACACACCUUCAAAGGUAAAGGAUCAGUUGGAUUAUUACAAAAAUUAACUCCAAUUGACUUAUCAUUAUUAAAACCAAAUACUUCAAGUUUGAGUGUUUUAUUGAAUGAUCAAGGUGGUAUAAUUGAUGAUUGUAUUAUUACUAAGAUCAAAGACGAUGAAUAUUAUAUGGUCACCAAUGCUGGAUGUAGAGAAAAAGACAUUUCUUUCAUUGAAAGAAAUUUAUCCAAAUUUGAAGAUCUCGACUAUAAGAAUUUUGAUGGUACCUUAUUAGCUAUUCAAGGACCAAAAUCUUCAGAAUUGUUAUCAAAAUUUGUUAAUGAAGAUUUGAAUAACUUAAAAUUCGGAUCUAUCUUAAGAACUAAUAUUAAAUCCAUCAUAGAUAAUGAAAUUCAAAUCUCAAGAACUGGUUAUACUGGGGAAGAUGGAUUUGAAUUGAGUAUACCAUCAAAUAAUGUUGAAGAAAUCAAACAAAGUAAUGAAUUUUUCCAAACUUUAGUUGAUGAACAACCGGAAUUAGUUCAACCAAUUGGUUUGGCCGCAAGAGAUUCUUUAAGAUUAGAAGCAGGUAUGUGUCUUUAUGGAAAUGACUUAAAUGAAGAAAUCACCCCAGUUGAAAGUUCGUUAAGUUGGUUAAUUCCAAAAACCAGAAGAAACAUCGAAUCAAAAGAUUUAAGAUUUAAUGGUUAUGAUAAAAUCAUUGAGCAAAUCAAUAAUAAAUCAUCAUUCAAAACUAGAAGAAUUGGUGUUACUUCAAAAGGACCAGCUCCAAGAUCAGGAUCUAAAAUCUUAAAUCCAGAAACCGAUGAAGUUAUUGGUUACGUAAGUUCGGGUUUAUUAUCUCCUAUUUUGGGUUACAAUAUCGGACAAGCAUACAUCGAUAAAAAAUUCAAAAUUGGAUCUCCAGUUAACAUUGAAGUAAGAGGUAAAAAGAGAGAAGGUACCAUUACCAAAUUACCUUUUGUUGCAAAUAACUUCUUUAAAUAA